AAGUGCCAAGACCGAAUCCGUCAAAUAUUGCAUCGCAGUAAGAACUUGGUGGCUUAAGAUGGCGGCUGCAUAUGUUUUUGGUUUUAUCCUCGUCUUCGGACUGGUUGGGGCCCUCCACCCAGUCUUGAGAGAUGCUACGCCAGCGUUUGUGGAGGACAUGCGCGGCAGCAGCAGGAUCGUCGCCGGCUGGCCUGCUGCAGACGGGCAGAUCCCCCACCAGAUCAGCCUCCGCAUGGUGAGCGCGGCCGGCGCCGUCUCAUCUUGCGGCGGCUCCGUCAUCCACCACAACUGGGUCAUCACCGCUGCUCACUGCGUGGCCAACCGCAUCACAUUCGUGAUCCGCUUCGGGCUGACCAACCUGACGGAGCCCCAGAUCAUCCUGGAGACGACCCGCAAGUACAUCCACCCGCGCUACAUAGAGAUCCAGGCUGGAGUCCAGACCGAUGACAUCGCUCUACUGGGGGUGGACCAGCACAUUCCUUACGGACCUUACAUCCAGCCCUGCCGCCUGCAGAAUUCGCAGCAGAAGAACCUGGUCUACACUGGAGUUAGAUUCACAGUCAGCGGCUACGGACGCACUGACGACCUGUGGAACGGUGGAGCCGCUUCCGAGAUCCUAUUGUGGGUGCACCUUCGCGGCAUCACCAACGAGGAGUGCCGCCGCUGGUAUGGAGGCAGCUCCAUCGUUCAAGACCAGACCAUCUGCGCUGAGUACUACAAUAAUACCGCUCAGUCUUCCUGCCAGGGUGACAGCGGCGGUCCCCUGACGAAGGUGGACGUGGACGGCCAGCCCACCAUGGUCGGCAUCGUCAGCUUCGGCUCCAGCCAAGGAUGCAACAGCCCUUGGCCUUCAGCGUACGUGCGCCCCGGCCACUACCACGACUGGUAUGUGUCGGUGACCGGCAUCAACUUCGACUGGAGGAACGAGGACCUGCUCCCUCCCGCCUCUUCUGAAGAAGACAGCUCCUCUAACUCAUCCGAUGACUCAUCUGAUGACUCGUCCUCAGACUCCUCCUCGUCAAGUUCCUCCGAGGAAGCAAAGAUGGAGCCCAUCUUCGUCAAUGCUUAGUUUUAAACUUGUAAUUGUCAACCAGUGAGAGAUUAAGAAUCGGCAAUAAAUCCAAUACAUUUUGGACACAA